AUGAAUUCAUCUUUUGCAAACUGUAAUGUAUCAUAUAAAUCAUCAGUAUUCAAUUUUCAAUAUAGAUAUUUAGAAGAUAAUAGAAAUGAUAUCAUACAAGACAUUGACUUCUCUUCUAAAGGUGAAAUGAAUCGAGGACUGUCUUCAUGCUUUCGAUGUGGUGAAAAAUUGCAUAGGAAUGAUCUAAUUUUUCAAGUGGAUUCGGAUACUUUAUAUCAUGAAUCAUGUUUCACAUGUUACAGUUGUGGACGAUUACUUAAAUGUGGUGAUACUUAUAUUAUGGAUGGUCAGACAAUUCAAUGUUCUUUACAUGGUAGUCUAGUAACAAAUAAACAGUCAUUUGUUAUGACUAAAAUUUUGGCAUCCUCUUUAUCUAAUUUGUUUACUGCAGCAAAUCACGUGGAUUCUUCAUCAUCAAAUUCAGAUCCACAUAUUCUAUCAACUACAAAUAUUAAUUUACCAGAAUUAACAGGUUUAAUGGGACCAACAACCUUCAAAAUGGAUAAUCACAGUGUAAACGGUGAUUUAGUGGAGUGCACAACAAUCUCAAGAAUAAAUUCACAAAACGGGAUGAAUAAACUGUCUGACCAAUAUGGGCAUCUAACAGUUCAAAAUAUGGACAAUAAUGAGGAACAUUCAAAAGUUUCUUUGAUUCCUGAUCAAAAUAUAUCAUGUAAUGAAAAUGUAUUGAAUCAAAUGACUAAUUUACAAUCUUCGUUGAAUGAUGUGAAUUUAAACUAUCUCAAUGAUUAUAUAGUUACUAAUUCUAAAAGAUUAACUACUUAUACUGAAGUAAAUGAAAGUAAUAUCAUGGGAAAUGAUCCUAAUAAUAAUAAUAAUAAUAAUAAUAAUAAUAAUAAAAUAAUCCAUAAAAGUAUAAAUCUAUUACCAAGUAUUGCAUCAUCUUCAUCAUCACCACCAUUAUGUCCUAUAAGAAAUUAUUCAAAUGCUGUUGUUAUUGUUGAUAAUAAUAAUAAUAAUAAUAAUAGUAAUAAUAGUCUAACAAAACAAUCUUCUUUUAAUGCAAGAGAAUCAAAUCAAAAUCUUGGAUUAAAUAAAACAGAUAUGCCAAUAUUAACUCAUUUCUUUGAGAAUUAUGAGAAUAAAUAUGAUGGAAAAUAUAAGUCUGUUAAUAAACAACAUCAACGAUGUGUCAGUGAGAAUAUAAAAUCUCAAGGAAUGAAUAAAUCGAUUGUUAAAUCUUCAAGUCUACUAAGAAAUGGAAAAUUAGAUCAGUUUAAAUCCGUUAAAUCUUCAAAAUUGAAUAAGAAAAUAGAAGAUGAACGAUUAACAAUUAAUGAUAAAAUUCAUGGAGGAAGAUUGGAUAAGAAUUCGGGAAAAAUGAAAAGAAUACGUACAUCAUUUAAACAUCAACAAUUAAGAAUAAUGAAAUCCUAUUUUGAAUUCAGUCAUAAUCCAGAUUCUAAAGAUUUAAAACAACUUUCACAAAAAACUGGUUUAUCAAAACGUGUUUUACAGGUAUGGUUUCAAAAUGCACGCGCUAAAUUUCGUCGUACUUCUACUAAUCAAGUCUCAUCAGAUAACUCAAAAUCGAAUGAACCCAAUUCAUUAAGUCAAUUUACUAUAAUACAAAAUAAAAGUAUAAUGAAUGAUAUAACUUGUGAAAAUGUAAUAAAUAAUAAAUUUUAUCCUGAUUUAAAAACUUAUGAUUAUGAUGAAGAGAAAACAGAAAAUUUAUAUAAUAGACCAGUAACAUCAGAGUAUAAUAUUCACUUAUCAAGUGAAUCGAAUCAUAAUACUACUAUUCAAAUGGGUAAUAAUUCAUCUUGUCAAAAUGAUAUUAAACCAGAUAUGAAUUGUUUAACAUCAAGUUUAUCAGUCUAUACUGAUACAUUACCGCAAUCUGUUCGAUGA